AUGUCAUCAUCAUCACCAUCAAAUACUACUUCGGUAUCUUCAACUGCAAUGAAUUCACCAAUCUUUUCAGGUUUAUAUACACCAUUAACUCAAUCAAAUUCUAUAAAUAAUCAACACGAUUUAAAUAACAAUAAUAUUUAUCAUGAAAAAAUAAAAAUGAUUGACGAAUCACAUUUUGAAAAUCAUAAUACUAAUAGUAAACAACAAUUGAUGAAUUCUUUUAGUAAUGAUUGCCCUUGUGGUCAUUUACAUGGUGCCGGUCAAGGUCAUCAUGAUGAUUUAGGAGCUAUUGGACUUGCUGAUUUUCCUUUAUUAAGAGGCCCUGAUUAA